AGGCGCUUAUCUUGCUUGUUCAAAACUGUCAUCCACGGUAGACCAGGUAAUUAUGCUUCGUUCCAUUCAGCUACUCUAGUGAUGAUUCAGAGUGGAAUCUUGCAUCGACCUGCGAAGUAACCACUCAGCUGGGUCGAGAAGGAGACAGAAAAAUGUUCUAGAUACUGCUGAAGUUUACCUUGUAUUUUCAUUGCCAAGUGCACUGAGCUCAUUACACGACUUUUCAGUUUGUGAAGUCAGUUACUGCCCCAUAACGUCAAGCAACAACCAUGGAUCCUCGAAGGGCGCGUGAUCCUCGUUUGGCUCGUAUGGAUCCUCGCUUGCAGCAGCGACCCCACUCAAAUUCACCUGUGCCAACGCCACCACAACAGCCAACUCCUCCGUCCCAACAACCGCCGACCUCAUCAUAUCCACAACCAAGUACAAGCUCAUACUCGCAAUAUCCGCCCAUGCAAUAUUCAUCUGGUCCUGUAUCAAAUGAACAACUAGCGCAAGAGGCUCAAGAUGCUUCUUCUUUGCCACAACAAUCACUACCAUCAAAUAAUUCAUCUAUCUAUAAGCCAAGACCUCUUUUCUGUGUAGUCUGCGCGAGCAAUCAGAAUCGAUCAAUGGAAGGACACUAUGUAUUAUCGUAUCAAAGCUGGUUUUCGUGUAAUCUCAUCUGGAACUGGAUCUGCUGUUAGACUUCCGGGUCCUGCCAUAGACAAGCCCAACAUAUACCCCUUUGGUACCCCAUACAAUGACAUUUACGAAGAACUGCACAAUAAGGAUCCUCGACUUUACACUGCCAACGGUCUACUUCAAAUGCUGGAUCGUAAUCGGAAAAUUAAAGUAGCUCCCGAGCGAUGGCAGGACACUAGGACGGUGGCAGACGUCGUGAUAACUUGCGAAGAGCGUUGUUUUGACGCUGUCUGUGAUGAUCUUCUGACUCGAGGUGGAGAUUUCAACAAGCCCGUUCAUAUAAUUAAUUUGGAAAUCAAAGAUAAUCACGAAGAGGCCCACAUAGCAGGGAAGGCGAUAGUCGAUCUUGCCACUGCGAUUGAAUCAACCAACGAUAUUGACGAAGAGAUAGAGCAGAUUUUGCAGGCUCACCGAGAGAAGCACCCCCACAGUCUUCUUCAUGCUGUAGCAUACUAUUGACAUUGUAUUGUCUGGUGGGUUGUAUCACUAUGUAUCUUGUGUUUGACUUGUCACAUGCAGGGCGGAUAAUCAUAACUAACCGGAUCCUGUCUGGCUGGCUUUCCUGUAGUAUAUAUAUUCUCCCAUGCAGGCACGAAGUCAGUUCCAUUAUGGACAUGGCUCCCCGCAGUUGCCUAUUCGUGGGCAACUGCCAACGGGUGUCUAUUCCGACGAUGGUCUUAUCGGAGCUGCUCAUUGUACAUCCCAUGAUGCCUAUUGAUGCUAGUCACUCGCUCACACUAAAGAAUGAUGUUUUCUGUGCUUCGCAUGUCGCAAUGGAUAACAUUCGAAUAAUUCGGAACACAGGUA